AAAAAACAAAAAAAAUCAUCUGCUAAACAUUUCAAUUCUGAUAGAUACUUUGAAUGGCUGCAACAGGUACAUCAGAAUGGGUGAGAACAGACUGUGGAUCAGGGGCCAGCUACUCUGAUGAAAGUGGGUUUUGGCAGGCAGAUGAGGAUUUUAUCAGAACAGGUGAAAACUAUGUCGUGUCACUAAACAGCCUUACCUUACUAAUACAACAAUUUACUACCCUACGCGCCUUCACUGAACAAAACAAGAAUUGCUACUCUUUGCCUAACACAACAUCCAUCCGAUAUUUCAUAAGAGCUACUUUCUUGUAUGGUAACUAUGAUGGACUCUCCAAUCCACCAACGUUUGACCUUGAGUUUAAUGGGAGCAAGUGGGCGACUGUUGUAACUGACACGUCUACAAUUUCCUAUUACGAAAUGAUUUAUGUAGCCAAAGGGGAUACCACCAGUAUAUGUUUGGCUCGAACUCAUGAUAAGCAGUUCCCCUUUAUCACCCUCUUGAAAUCCUGGCCAGUUCCUGAUAAAAUCUAUGCCCAGAUGACAACAGAUAGAGCCUGGUUCAAUGGCUACAGAUACAACUAUGGAGCAGCACCCGAGGAAUGGAUUCUAGAGUACCCUGUUGAUACCCACAACCGCGAAUGGAAACCAAUGACUCCGCCUGGCUCGGUGGCAAUAACUGCAACUUUUGCCUCUCUUACUGCUACAACCGCUAAUGAUUCCCCAGUUUUAGCUAUAAUCCAAGCAGUUCAAGCUCUAAGUCCAUCAGACAGAAUCGAAUUGCCUUUCACAUUUAGCAAAACGAACCACCUUAAUCACGUGGAACUGUACUUCACUGAGUCUCUGGAUACAACUGUAACUAGAUCAUUCAAUAAACGUGAAUAAUGAGAUUGCAUACGCAAUCAGCCCUUUGUAUCAGAGGUGUGAUGGCGUGUGGAUAAA